ACUCAGGUUUUUUUUUUUUUAACGGAGGAAGUUCACUGCAAACACACCUGUGCAAUCUCAAUUCUCAACGCUGGUUAAAAAAUAAUGUUCUCCACUUAGUCAACACCACAGUCCUUAUCUCUCCCCGAUCACCCGAUGCCGCGGCUCAUUCCUCCACGGACAAAGCUCAAAUCACCGCCAUUGCCAUCGCCAUCGCCAUCGCCAUGGGUUCGCGUUCCGGCUCGACGACGAUGAGUAUGCCGCCGCCGGUGCCGCAGGAGAACCAGUCCGUUGGCAAAGGGACGGCCAUCUUCAGCUACACCUGCGUCGGCCUCACGGGCGUCGCGCUCGUCGCCGUCGUCGUCUUCUACUGCAACCGCCACGUCCGGAGGCGUGCGCCAGUCGUAGCCGCCGAGGGCGCCGGCGGCGCCGGCGGGCGAGAGGACGACGUACUGCGUGGCGUCGCUGACGUGGCGGCCAAGAUCCCGGAGUUCGCGUACGCGGGGUCGGCGAGGCACGGCGGCGGCGGCGAGUGCUCGGUGUGCCUCGGCGCGGUGCAGGGCGGCGAGGCGGUGCGGCGGCUGCCGGCGUGCAAGCACCUGUACCACGUGGAGUGCAUCGACAUGUGGCUGGCCUCGCACGCCACGUGCCCGCUCUGCCGGACGGAGGUCGAGCCGCCGCCGGGGGACGGCGGCGGCCGACCUGCGCCGGCGGCAGAUGAGUCGUCGCCGACGGAGGCGCUGCCACCGGUGUAGCUAGCUCUGUGCUAGCUAACUAGAUCUCCAUCAUCAUCACAUCACAUAUAGGAGUAUAUAUCAUGGUUAGUAUUAGUUCAUAUACGAUGGGGCCACUUGCAUGUCAUUUCUUGAUUUGAACCUUAAUCUAGAUUGGCAAGUAUACUUUGGUACAGCUUUGUAAUUAAAGAACACUGAGAAAUUAAAGAUUCCAGUAAAAUAUGUUAUAGAAUUUCCAAGAUUUUCUUUUUAGAAAGAGAGGGAGCUAGCCCUCUCCCAUUUCAUUAACGAAAGACAGUAGAUUCUAACAGAGUCUUGUUACAACUUCUUAGCAGCGUCACUCCGACUGCAGUCUUCUUUGCGCGUCCUCUGAUUUCUACAAAAUGGAUCAUGAAUCGAUCCAAGAGCAAAUGGCAUGAAUUAGUUCUAUGGGGUCAUGCAGUUUUUUCUGCUUGAAACAGGCAGACAUUUAGUUUAACUGUUGUUUAUCAUCUGAAAUGUGGUCCAUUGGCAUACAGAUUUGACAUUGCGUGAAAUUAUAGUUCUUUUUUCUCCAAUAACAACAAAAUUAAUUAGAUCUUUUUUUUCGUUUGGCGGUGAAGAUUAAUUAAUUAGCUCCCUUUUAACUUCCAUGUAACCUACGGAAGCAAGCUUCGUUGACAUUCUGCUCACCAUACCUACGACGUUUGGCGGUUUGCUAAAGUCAACUAGUACCGUACUCGACCGUAUAAGCUAUCUUGAUUCUCAAAUAAAGCCAUAAACAAACAUGAUAUAAUUCGUUGAAUUCAAAACUUUCCUCCAACGUCAGGUUCGUUGUUAUCACAAAGUCGCAAGUUAUCACUAGUAAGAAACUCGCGACACAUAAUCUCUCCUUAUGCAUAUAUUCUUCAGAGAUCAUUUAACAUGGGGAUUUUGUUAAUCCUCCAAGUGGGAUAAGAGGAAACAGAGAGAGAAGAUGGUUGCCGGUUGGGCUUUUCAAAGGAAAAGUAAAACGAGGUUUGAACUCAUUGCUUAGUUUCCUAUAUGGAAUUUAAGGGCACUAAGGGUAAUGUGUAUGGAUAUUGUCCUUAUGGGUAGGCCCCAUAAUAAUGGUCUUCAGUUAUUUUUGUUGCUAUAAUGGUGAGCUCUAGAUGCACUUU